AUGGGCUUUAUAUCUAUCGUUACCCGGCUUCUACUUGGGAUAUCUCUUUCUAUGACAAUUGUCCCCUUCGUAGUAGCAAUCAACGAGGAGUUUGCCCCUGAUGACAUCGUCAUCCGGGAUGUCUGCAUUCUUGGCGGCGGAUCCACCGGUACAUACGCGGCAAUCAGAUUGAAAGACAAAGCGAAGAGUGUGGUAGUUGUCGAGCAGAACAAGCUCCUGGGCGGUCACACUGAAACGCUCUACCUUGGCCACGAACAGUACAUCAACUACGGCGUAGAGGGAGUUUUCAACGACGAGCUAAGUCGAAAUUACCUGAAGCGUCUGGGAGUAGACCAUAAACCACUUCUACCAAGUACACUGACCACCGAGUAUGUCAACUUCAGAACUGGGAAGAAGGUGCCUCCCCCGUCUGGAAUUCCAUCCACCGUUGAGGCCGCAACAAUGUACCGCGCGGCUAUCGAAAAGUUCAGCUAUCUAAAAGAUGGGCUGUAUAACCUGCCUACCCCAAUUCCCGAGGAGCUUCUGAAGUCUUUUGGUCAUUUUGUGGAGACAGCUGGCAUUCAGGGUGCUCUUCAAGUCGUUAAGAUCUUCGCCCAUGGUGCUGGCAAUCUCCUCCACGCCCCACUCCUUCGUGUCCUUCAACUCUGUGGUCUACGGCAGAUUGAUUCGCUCCUUCACGGCGGAUAUAUCACACCAACGCAUGGCAUGUACGAGGUCUACAAGAGGGCAUCGGAAAUCCUCGGGCCAGACGUUCUUUACCAGACCAUUGUGAUCGAGGCCGAACGAUCCGAACUUGGUAUCAAGAUCGUCGUCCAAAGUGAGAAUGGCGUUCGCAAACUUAUCAAAGCCAAACAGCUCCUCGUCACCUUUGUCCCCGUCAUGGAAUUUUUAGACGGAUUCGACCUUGCUACGACUGAGUCUUCCCUAUUCCAAAAAUGGGACUGGGUCAACUACUACGUUGCUGUCGUCAAAAACACAGGAAUCCCAAAUGCCGUGACGCUCGUCAACGCUGACCCCGACAACACGCCCGGCAACCUCCCGCUCCCGCCUUUUCAGUUAGAGCUACAAUACUCGGGUAUAGAAGGAUACCUUGUUAGUAAAGUCAUCGGUAACCGGACUUUGACCGCGCAGCAAGCAAAGGACCUCGUACUUUCUGAUAUUCGUCGGAUGGGAACAGCAGGGACGUUUCCGGGCGGUGAUCCCGAGAUUGUCGUUUUCGGGGACCAUACGCCAACCACAGUGUCAGUUUCCAGUGCUGAUGUUCGGGAUGGAUUCUAUAGGAAGUUGUAUGCGCUCCAGGGCACCAAGAAUACGUUCUAUACGGGGUUGGCAUUUUGCUCGGAUUACUCGUCGUUGCUAUGGGCGUAUACCGAUACCAUUAUUCAGGAGAUGAUGUCUUCGUCCACAAGUACUUGUUCUCUCUGCGUACAAGGACAAGCUUAA